AUGGCCAGUGCGACAAAUGCAACCAAUCCUGCGCCCCCUGUCCCCCAAAAUGGGGAACGAAACAAGAGAAGAGAAGUCUCUCCAUUGGAAGCCACUUCGUCCUGGGUCGUUGAUAUCAUUCGAGAAGCCGCAGAGAAGCCGAUAUAUGAGGAGCUGAAAAACGGCUUUCUCCAAGGCGAACCCGAUAUGGGCCGAGCGCGUGCUUUCUUCCAGGAAGUGAAUCAGAAGAUCCGGCAGGCCAAUCUACAACACAAUGUCGACGAGACGAGGGGUGAAAUACCCCCGCUUACUUACUUUAACCUCUACUCAUCCUAUAAACAGGCUCUGACCAAGGCAGAGCUUGAGCAGGAUUCUCAGGCUGCUUGGAAGGCGUACGACGAGACCCACAAAAAAUUCCAAGAUUUCAAUAAUGAACAUUAUCUACCCGCGGCCUGGAAUAUCACUUCACUGCUGGUCGAGAGGAAGUUCAGCCCCAGGAUUGUUGAAUCGAUCGAAACCAACAGCGAUGCUAGUGGUGGUGCCCCAGAUAUCCAGAAUGGUAAUAACACUGGUGGUGGUGCCCCAGAAACCCAGACUAGGAACAACACUGGUGGUGGUGUCCCAGAAACCCGGGAUGUGAACAUGAAUGACGAUGACGAUGAGAAUGAAAAUGGCGUUACCGAACUCGAGGAGCUUGAAGCCGUAGUGAAAGAGGAAUGGGCUACACCGGGAAGCCACGUGCUUUACUGGUGGAAGAAGGGCGUUGGAACGCAGGUCUUUGUCCGCUACGGAUCUGGUCCUAACGCGACAUACCGAAUCCGCGCGGGAUCCUCGGAAGCGUACGACCCUGAAACAGUGCCUCAGGUUCUCCAAUCCAGAAGCGAGCAGAGUGAGGCUGGGAAUUAUAUUACCGCCCGCGGGCGUGAGAAGCUACACGUCGAGACCCCCGAAGGCAGGAUAGUCGAGCGGUGGAAGUACGACCGUACCCACGUCCAGGGUAUCAUCGGAGUCGGCUGGAAAAUGAAAUAUGAUGAGGAGGAUGAAGAUGAUCUGGAACCUCUGGAGGCAAUAUUUCCUAGACGCUAUGUUACUUAUCCUCAAACACGGACCUUGAUCAAGUGGACAGAUGGAGCGGUCACUUUGGAAGACCGAGCAUUCGUCCGCCGUAUUACGAAAGGCUCAGCUCUCCAAGGGGAUAGAGUUAUCUACCAGAAAGCACUGGACCAAGAGACCCGUUACUGUAGAGCUGCAGGACUGCCACUUCCUGGCACAGCUACCGCUCAGGCAGAGGCGGAGGAGGCUGAAAGCGUUGACGACGAGGAGGACAUUGUGGCUCGUGGAGCAAGCAAUAGACGUUCAGCAACCAGCGAGGUCCGGUUUGCCGAGCCGCCUGCAGCUUCAACCCCCAGCAGAAGUGCCGGACCCACACCUAGCCACAGACAAUCUGCACCUCGUGAAGAUCCAAGAGAUGCCGAACUCCGUGAACUGCGUCGGCAAGUGGACCAAUUGCGGAGACAGGUUGCCAAGUCAAGAAGUCCUGGCAGCUACCCUGUCCGCCAAGUAAGAGAGGACAGCGGAUUCUACGACGGCCGCUCCAGCGUUUCCACACCUGAAGCACCACCUAGGAGGACCUGGGAGGACUAUGGAAGACGGGUUUCAGUCCGCCGACGCUAA